AUGGAGAGGCCAUCGAAACUGAAAAUCAAAAUCUUGAAGUUUCUAUCUCAAGCUGCAGCGCCUGCAGUCACCUACAAAAGCCCGCCUGCUAGUCCUCGGAAUCCUAUCGUAUCAAUCAUUCCGAAAGAGGCUAGGAGAAAGCCGAGGAAUGGGUCCAGUAGUUUUGCGACAAAAGAACCCACUUCCCCGAAGGUUUCUUGCAUGGGUCAAGUCAAAGGCAAGAAGAAGAAAAAGAAGAGUAAAUCCAAGCCUAAGCAGGUCGGCCCUCCACCACCACCACCACAAGAGAGCACCAGUCUGGCUCUCUCUGUUCCUAAAGAGAAGACUUUCAAGGUUUCAAAUGUCAUCCCAAAGGUGCUCAUAAACAAUAAAGGUAAGACUAAGGAUGACGGUUCGGUAGCUACAAGCUCAUUAUCUAGAACUAGUCGUGUUCCAGAAAGAGUGCCUUCAUUGGGUCAGAUGAAGAGGUUUGAGAGUGGCCGCGGUGUGUUGUCUGAUUUUGAUUUAAUAAAGGUUGAUGAUGAUGAUGACAACAUGAAAAUUGGGGUAGGUGGAGAUGAAGAAUAUGAUGAUGAGGAUGAGAAGAAAGAAGUAAUUAUUCUGUGGAAAAGAAGAAGCAUGUCUCCUCCUAUGCCUCUUCAGUUGUGA